UUUGGAUAUGGACAUGUAGAGUUAUAUGGACAAUGAGGAACUUGCUAUCUUCGUUCUCUCUGAAUUCUACAAUGGGAGGGUGCGCCUUGCCGUUGCCCAAAUUGGCGCUUCCACGCAUUACCCACAGUGGCUUCUCCUUCACUUUUCCCAUUUCUGCAAUUCAACUUCGCCACUCUGUCAGCGUUCGCUCUGGAAAUCCCUCCACCUUGUUCUGUAGUCACCAAGUUAAGGCCAGUGCUGAGUUCUCUUCCACUUCGGUUUCUGCCCAAGACAGCGAACGAGAGGAAGAAGAAAGCUUUCAAGUGCUGACGGUUGUCAAAAGCGAUUACAAUGACAUCAUGAUCAUCGACACUCCCGAAUCUAGAGUGCUCCUCCUUGAUUCCUAUUACAACAUACAUAGCAUUCUUUAUAAGGAGCAAAAAUGGACAAAAGCCUACUGGGAUGAGUUUGCUAGCUUGCCAGCUAUAGUUCCAAAAGGUCCCAUCGCUAUCUUAGGUUUGGGUGGUGGAACAGCUGCUCAUCUGAUGCUUGACUUGUGGCCUUCACUGCAGCUUGAAGGGUGGGAGAUUGAUGAAAUUUUGAUUGAUAAAGCAAGAGAUUAUUUUGGUCUAUCUGAUCUGGAGAAACCAACAAAAGAUGGUGGCAUACUAAAUGUACAUGUUGGUGAUGUCUUCAUUCCAUCAGAGGAUUUGCAAAGGAAAUAUGCUGGCAUUGUUGUUGACUUGUUCUCUGACGGAAAAGUCUUGCCUCAGCUGCAUGAGGAUAGUACUUGGUUGGAGUUACAUGAUAGAUUGAUGCCUGGAGGUCGAUUUAUGGUGAAUUGUGGUGGCACUUAUGGGGGAUCGGAUGCAUCGGAUGCAAGUUCUGAUUCUGAAACUUCAUCAAGUGAUGGGAUAUGGUUCAAAAAUCCAGCAUUGAAUGCAUUAUCCAAAGCAUUUCCUAGACAAUUGAGUUGGAAGAGAAUGCCGAAGGAAAAUGGUGCAAAUAUUAUGGCACUUACAGGAUCCUUGCCUGAUUUGCAAUCAUGGUCUGCCAGUCUCCCAUCUCCUCUGAGCACAAAUGUGAAGCAUUGGAGACCCUGUGAGCCUGUUUCUAAAAUUUGAACUUGAAAGGUCGUAAAUGAAUUAAAAAUAUGUAAAAUCACCUUGUGUCUGGUUUAUGAAUUAGUGCAGUUGCUCUUCUGAUUUUCUGUAAAGGACCCUGAAUUCCUGAUUUUAGCAGGUAGAAAAGACAAAUGUAAUCACCAUAUAAGCCCAGUCUGUAUCUUCAAUGUGUAAGAUUCUGAGAGUUUUAUUGAGUCAUUAUUUGCAAAUUUAGGUAUUUCUUUAGUUAUA